UAUAACAGCUCUUGAACAGAGAAGUUAUUAAGAGUUCGAGAGUGCACUUUGCCGGUGUCUCCGAGAGAAAGACAGCAAAUCUAGACAGCCAUGGCGUCUGCGUCCAAGAAGGAUCCGACACUAUCAGCAUUGAUGAAGAUUAGCACAGCCUCAGAUAUAAAGAAUGACCGAGUGAUCUGUGCAUCAUCAAGUGUUAACUGGGAGGAGAUCAUAGGCCCUGCCCCGAUGUCUAUUGCACUGCUGGGGCAACUGAUGCUCAUCUCUGGCGGUACAGACUUCACCUUGGUCACAGGAAAAAGGCCGGAUUCAUCAUUUGUCCGUCUUCGCUACCCUGACUCCAUGAAUGCUUGUCUGGUUCAAGUCAGCAAUGAAGGCUGGGAGGCCUUUAACACAGCACAUUCCAACAUGGAGAAAAUACAUCUGAUCACUAAUCAGAUUCCAGGCCAUGCACGAAAUGCAGUCCAGAUUUUAUUGAAAGGCUCACCAGAAGAACUUAAACUUGCAUUACCAAUCCCUCUUAAGAAGAUUCAGUUGGCUGCUAAACAAUGCACAGCCCAUGCGGAGGAGGUCCAGAAGCAGUUUGUUGACGUCAUGGCAACAAUAGGAGAACUGCUGGAGGCAUGCACAGCUGCCAAGGGCGAUUAUGAGGACAAACUGAAGCAAACUAAAGCUGCAGUUGCAGCCGCCACAAGAGCUGAGACUCAAAUCAAGGAACAGAAAACAAAGGCAGACGAAGAACUGGCACACAUGACCAAAACUCUGAAAGAACGUGAGGAAGACUACAAGAAGGCCUUGGAUGACAUGCCGGGAGCGCUUCAACUCAUGGGGAUGAAGUUCUUUGACAGGUAUUCAGGAGCAGUGCUCAUGAGUAUUCAAGCAGAGUUGAACCCGAUGAUGGAAAUACCACAAGCUAUUGGAACAGGAGUGAAAGUACUGACACCCGUGGUAGGUGGCGUGUCAGACCUGCUUAAAUCAAAGACAGAAGCUGCUCCUUCACAACAUGACAAUCCUUUGGGUGAGCGCGAACAGGAAACAAUUGAAUACAUAAAAAGUAUAAAACUCAAGAUCACCUUAAUCAUUUCUCUUCUACCAAAGUAUCUGGAAUCAUUUGAAGACAAGAACAGGCAAGAAGGUACAGUUAGAGAUGUCAAGGAAUAUCUUGUUGAUAACAAGGCAGAUCUGGACAGAUUCACAAAAACUCUCAAGAAUAAGUUUGAUGUUCCUACGAAGACAAUGAUGCUGAGUCUCCUGCAGGAUCUCACAACACUGAUGGAUUCCAUGAUUGACUUCUCCAAGCAAAUGGGUCAAAAUCCAGAAAUGAUUACUGAGUUCAGACAAAAGCUUGACAAGGUUAAACACACCAUGGAGUGUGUGGAGAUGACUGAUAUGAGAGCAGGACAUCCUCUCGCCCAAGCACCACAAGCUGCUAAAGCCCAACAAAAUUCUCUUGAAUUAGAAGAUAAAAUAAUUGACCAAGCCAGAUUUAAGGCUGAAAAAAACAUCGCAGAUGUUGAAGACUGCCGAAGCCCGUUAUGACGAAGUUAACCAAAGAGCGCAAAGGAAAAAUGAUGAGUUGAUGAAACUUGUUGAAGAAUUGUCCCAGAUGGAUGCCAA